CACGUCCAGCCUGGCCCAUCGAUACCAAACCCACAACGAAUCAGCGACGCAGCUCGUGUUGCAUUAUAUGCUCACUAUAACUCACAACAACCCCACAGCGUUUGUUACGCACUUGAAUCAAAUCCCCAUCCAGGUUCAUCUCAACUCAACGACUUUGCGCUGUACUAUCAGUUUGCACUUCUAGAUGGACGUCGCAUCACACCGUUGGCAAGAAGUACUCGAGAGUCCGCCGGAUCAUCUCUCGUCAAGGUUGUAUACAUGGAUAAGUCAUGGUAUGGCGAAGUAAUCAACAUCUUUCGUCAUACACAGUUGGGGAUAGCGAAUGGAAAUCGGCUUCUUGCGGAACUCAGGUGGAUGAUAGAACUACCGCUGGUGCCUGUCGAAGAUGAUCCAUGGAGCGAGUUUCCAGAGCUCGACGUUAUGUGUUUUAAACUAAACGAGUACUGGAGCCCAGGCGAAGAUGGAGCUCCCCCUACCAUUCUUCCAUUUGAUCAAAUCACCAGCCAGAUUGCUCGUGGAAUCAUCAAGACCAGUAAUCCAGAAUUGUGGAUAACAACAACGCUUGACCGU